AUCAUGACGGUGGGCUCCCGGCUCCGAAGCAAGGUGGCAAGCGGCUUGACCGGCCGAGGGCCCCUGGGGCGGUCGCGCCGCGCCGGUGACGAGGAGACAGAAGCCAUCGUGGAGCACCUGGAGGGCGAGGACGAGGACCCGGCGAGCCCGGACUGUGAAUGCGAAGAGGGCGGACGGCGCGCGGGGACCCCGAGCGCACGCAGGGUGCACUUGGCUGCGCUGCCCGAGCGCUAUGACUCCCUGGAGGAGCCCACGCCAGGCGACAAGCCCAAGAAGAGGUACCGGCGAAAACUGAAGAAGUACGGCAAGAAUUUCGGGAAGGCCAUCAGCAAAGGAUGCCGGUACAUUGUCAUUGGCCUGCAAGGAUUUGCCGCAGCGUAUUCUGCCCCAUUUGGAGUGGCCACCAGUGUGGUGUCCUUCGUGCGCUAAUCAGAGCUUCAGGGGCAGGUGACUCCAGAAUGCUUCUGCCCAGGGGACAGUGUGAAUCCUCCAGCACUUCAGACUCGGACUUGUGGGAACUCGGAAGAGGAACCCUGCUUCGUGUGCUAUUGUUGAACUGGUUGGCUGUGAGGCAGGAGCUGGCCCCCCUGCUCAUCCGCUGAGCCACUGUUGGACUUGUGUGGAUCCAGGAGUCAGUUCUGCAGAAAAUUAGGCCAAGGUUGGGAUUAGGAUUAGUUUGCUUCCUGUGCUAGUUAUAGCCUUACGGGGAUACAUGCAGGCAGGCCCAUGGCAAAUCUGGGGUCCGACUCAUGCGGGUAGUGGGUGGAUUUUAGGGAGGAGGACACAGACCUCUAAUGUAAUGGUUGCUAGUUUCUGAAAAGGUUGAGGGGCUGACGGCACUAGCUGUGGCCUUCCUUGAUUCUUUCACUGAAAACAGCGAGGGAGCUGUUUGUUUCAGAAGUCUAUCUCCCCCAUCUCUUUUCUCCACCAAGACUGUCAUCUGGGAGUUUAAUUACGGGUUUGGGAAGAAAGAAAAGGAAGAAAACCAUCUUUAAAGACCAUGAUGCUUUGUAACCCGUGUUCACAGCUGUGUGGUGACAAUUGAA